UCUUGAACAUGGACGUGGGCAAAUGUGAAAGGGCAGGGCGAAUGAUUUGGAUUUGAUUUUCAAUUUUUUUUUUUUUUGAGGGUGGUGAUGGUGGUUGUUGUUGAGUAAAGUGAAGACCACAAUUAACUGUAAGGAAAAGAUAGAAAUGAAAAAGUAGCCUGCUUGCUGCCAGCUAUUUCCUGCUGUCGUUGCGGAGGUGAUCUUUGAGAGGCUUUGGCAAAAAGAAGAUGAAGACAAAAUUGAGUACAUGCAAUGUAUGGUCUCUGCUGCUUGUUCUCCUGGUGUGGGACCCAGUCAGGUUGGUGCUGGCUAACAUCCAAGAAGAUGAGGCUAAAAAUAACAUCACCAUCUUUACAAGAAUUCUAGACAGACUUCUGGAUGGUUAUGAUAAUCGGCUUAGACCAGGACUGGGAGACAGUAUUACUGAAGUCUUCACUAACAUUUACGUGACCAGUUUUGGCCCUGUCUCAGAUACAGAUAUGGAGUAUACAAUAGAUGUUUUCUUUCGGCAAAAAUGGAAAGAUGAGCGUUUAAAAUUUAAAGGUCCUAUGAAUAUCCUUCGACUUAACAAUUUAAUGGCCAGCAAAAUCUGGACUCCUGAUACAUUCUUUCACAAUGGGAAAAAGUCAGUGGCUCAUAACAUGACAAUGCCAAACAAGCUGCUUCGAAUCCAGGAUGAUGGAACAUUGCUAUAUACCAUGAGGCUUACAGUCCAAGCUGAAUGUCCCAUGCACUUGGAGGAUUUCCCGAUGGACGCUCAUUCAUGCCCACUGAAAUUUGGAAGCUACGCUUACACAACCUCGGAAGUCACAUAUAUUUGGACUUACAAUGCUUCUGACUCCGUUCAGGUUGCUCCCGAUGGCUCCAGGUUAAAUCAGUAUGAUUUGCUGGGCCAGUCAAUUGGGAAGGAGACAAUUAAAUCCAGUACAGGUGAAUAUACUGUAAUGACAGCUCAUUUCCACUUGAAAAGAAAAAUUGGGUAUUUUGUGAUUCAGACCUAUCUGCCUUGCAUCAUGACUGUCAUUCUCUCCCAAGUGUCAUUCUGGCUGAACAGAGAAUCGGUGCCAGCAAGAACUGUGUUUGGAGUAACAACUGUUCUAACAAUGACAACAUUGAGCAUCAGUGCUCGAAAUUCACUCCCCAAAGUGGCCUAUGCCACUGCCAUGGACUGGUUUAUAGCUGUUUGUUAUGCGUUUGUGUUCUCUGCCCUAAUUGAAUUUGCAACCGUGAAUUACUUCACAAAAAGAGGAUGGGCUUGGGACGGGAAGAGUGUAGUCAAUGACAAGAAAAAAGAGAAAGGGUCCGUCAUGAUACAGAACAACGCCUACGCGGUAGCUGUUGCCAACUACGCCCCGAAUCUUUCCAAAGAUCCUGUCCUCUCUACCAUUUCCAAAAGUGCAACGACGCCAGAACCGAACAAGAAGCCAGAGAACAAGCCAGCUGAAGCCAAGAAAACCUUCAACAGUGUCAGCAAAAUCGACAGAAUGUCUAGAAUAGUGUUCCCAGUUCUGUUUGGUACUUUUAAUUUAGUUUAUUGGGCUACCUAUUUAAACCGGGAGCCUGUAUUAGGGGUUAGUCCAUGAAACUAGACAUUGGUUACUUUUGGGCUAUAUAGCAAUGUUACACUUGGUUUUGGUUUUGGUUUUUGCUUUGUACAGUCUGACUAAUAACUGCUAAUUUAUGACCCACUAUGUAUAGUAUAUAUAUA